AUGCUUUCCGGAAUCCUUAUCUUCAACCAGAAAGGUGAGAACCUCAUCUUUCGCGCCUUCCGUAACGACUGCCGCCCGCGCCUUGCCGAUGUGUUCCGAAUCCAGGUCAUCUCCAACGCCCAAGUCCGCUCGCCCAUCCUCACCCUUGGCUCGACCACCUUCAGCCAUGUCAAACACGAGAACAUAUAUCUGGUCGCCGUGACGAAGAGCAAUGCCAACGCAGCACUGGUCUUUGAGUUUCUGUACCGUCUGGUGGGACUGGGAAAGGCAUACUUCGGCAAGUUUGACGAGGAGGCCGUAAAGAACAACUUCGUACUGGUCUAUGAGCUGCUAGACGAGAUUCUCGACUUUGGGUACCCGCAGAAUACCGAGACAGACACGCUGAAAAUGUACAUCACGACCGAGGGUGUCAAAUCGGAAAGGGCUAUGGAGGACUCGUCAAAGAUCACAAUGCAGGCCACCGGCGCUCUCUCCUGGCGACGAGCCGACAUCAAGUACCGCAAGAACGAAGCCUUCGUCGAUGUCAUCGAGGAUGUCAACCUACUCAUGUCCGCCACGGGAACAGUACUGCGAGCCGACGUGAACGGGCAGAUCAUAAUGCGCGCAUAUCUCUCAGGCACACCCGAGUGCAAGUUCGGCCUCAACGACCGCCUGACGCUGGGCGAAGAUCACCUCCAACAGCCAUCGGGUAACAAAGCAGGCGCCAAGGCUACCAGGGCAGCGGCGGGAAGCGUUACCUUGGAAGACUGUCAGUUCCACCAAUGUGUCAAGCUGGGCAAGUUCGAUGCGGACAGGAUAAUAUCCUUCGUGCCGCCCGACGGCGAAUUCGAGCUCAUGCGCUACCGGGCGACUGAGAACGUCAACCUGCCUUUCAAGGUGCAUGCCAUUGUCAAUGAGGUUGGCAAGACCAAGGUUGAAUACAGCAUCGCCAUCCGUGCCAACUAUGGCUCCAAACUCUUCGCAACAAACGUCGUCGUGCGGAUACCAACACCCCUCAACACUGCGCGUAUCACCGAGCGUACAUCACAGGGCAAGGCCAAGUACGAGCCGGAACAUAACAACAUUGUCUGGAAGAUCCCAAGAUUCACCGGGCAAAGCGAAUUCGUUCUUAGCGCCGAAGCCAGCUUAACGAGCAUGACCAAUCAGAAGGCUUGGUCACGGCCGCCGCUUAGUUUGAGCUUCUCGUUGCUGAUGUUCACGAGUUCCGGAUUACUUGUCCGAUACUUGAAGGUGUUCGAGAAGAGCAACUACAGCAGUGUAAAGUGGGUGCGCUACAUGACGAGAGCGGGUAAUUAUGAGAUAAGGUUUUGA